AUGGGGAGGGCUGGGAGAGAACAGGGCCUCGGAAGGGCUGCUUCUAGCUGGGGGCGGCGGCCUGCCAGCGUUCCCCCCCCAGGCCCGGCCGGCCUGCUCUGCCCCUGCGCAGAUAGGUGGGGCCCCAUUUCGCGCCGGCCACGAGGGCGGGGCCGGGCUCUGGAAGGGCAGCCGCGCAGCCCACUGCAAAGGGCCUGGGGCGGGACGGCAGAUCCUCGGUCGGUCAGCGGGACGCCUGCUGCGGGCUGCCCGGGGUCAGCGGGGCCCCGUGCUGGCCCUUUCCCGCGCAAACGGACCGCCCCUGCUGGGCAGCCUGGCACCGGCCCUCGUCUCCGGGCCACGGGCAACCAGCGAGACUCAGCCAGCCUUGGAAGGCUUGACCUCGGGGACGGGCCAGGGAAGCCUUUCGGGCCCCUGGGCUGCGGGCAGCGCGGUAGUCCUGUCUGCCUGGGGAGUGGUCCAAAUUGGGCCUGGGCCCUAGGGCUCUGCCAGGGGAAGCCGGAGAGGCCGGAGGACCGCUUGUGGGCUGUCGGGGAGCACGGCAGGCGGGCCACGGGGGCGGCCCCUUGGCCGGGCUCGGGGCCCCGGGCUCGCUUCUCCCAGCCACUGGCAAGGCCUCUGGAAUCCAGCGGCACUGGGCUGGGCCCAGGGAACGCCCUGAACUCUGGGGGCGCUGCCGGGCGCUCUGAAACGGCAAGCACCUGGCCAGGGCUCCCCAGUCCUCAGGACCCCUCCUCCCGACCACUUUUGGGGGGCGGGCAGGACGCUCCCGCACUUGACCUCCGAUGGGCUGUUUCCCGGAGCCCCUGGCGGCGGCGGCGGCGACGGCUGCACAAGCCCCAAGAGCAUGGCCGCUGCUUCCAAGAGCAAUUAGCCCGCUGCUUUGGGCCCGGGUCGUGGGGCCUCAGGGGCAUCGGGGCAGCCAGGACCCGCGCGCCCGCCUGCGGAUGCAAGAUCUGCCUUUCUGCCCACUUUCCCCCUCCGGGGCCUGCCCUCCUGUGGGGCUGUCUGCUGGCCAAGGCUGCCUUUUGGGGACCUUUUUUUUGGCCCGGGAGACGUUGUCCCGCAGCCCGUGCCGGGCGGUCCGCCUGUAGGCCGUCGUCCCUGCUGACCGUGGGCCCUUCCGACGUUCACCGGACGCGGGGCUGCUGCGGGCCAGACUGGGCCAGCCGUGGGCCCCGAGGUCUCGGGGGGCCGCAGAGCGCCACCGAUUCCGGGAUGCCGCGGAGACCCGCGCACGGGGGACUCCGGGGCCCCCGGCCUGCCGGCUCGGCCUUCGGGACUCCGGGGCGCCCGGCCUGCCGGCUCGGCCUUCGGGACUCCGGGACGCCCGACCUGCCGGCUCGGCCUUCGGGCCUCUGGGCCCUCCGGGCCGCUGGCUCGCGCCCACAGAGCUGCCCUGAUGUGGCAGAGGCAGCUAAUGCAGCCGUCCCCGGACCAGAUCUGCCGCCCAAAAGGGUGCGAGGGCCAAAAAGCCUGGCAGCCGCCAGAGACGGAAAGCCGGGAGCGAAGGGGGCCUCGGAAGGGCUGCUUCUAGCUGGGGGCGGCGGCCUGCCAGCGUUCCCCCCCCAGGCCCGGCCGGCCUGCUCUGCCCCUGCGCAGAUAGGUGGGGCCCCAUUUCGCGCCGGCCACGAGGGCGGGGCCGGGCUCUGGAAGGGCAGCCGCGCAGCCCACUGCAAAGGGCCUGGGGCGGGACGGCAGAUCCUCGGUCGGUCAGCGGGACGCCUGCUGCGGGCUGCCCGGGGUCAGCGGGGCCCCGUGCUGGCCCUUUCCCGCGCAAACGGACCGCCCCUGCUGGGCAGCCUGGCACCGGCCCUCGUCUCCGGGCCACGGGCAACCAGCGAGACUCAGCCAGCCUUGGAAGGCUUGACCUCGGGGACGGGCCAGGGAAGCCUUUCGGGCCCCUGGGCUGCGGGCAGCGCGGUAGUCCUGUCUGCCUGGGGAGUGGUCCAAAUUGGGCCUGGGCCCUAG